CCCUUGUUUAUAAGAAUCUUGUUUUUUUUUUCUCGGACUAAGCCAACAUAGCAGAGCACUAAAAAAGGUAGAUGAAUACUGAGAUUAAGAGACAUUUCGUGUUGAUUCAUGGAUCUUGCCAUGGGGCAUGGUGUUGGUACAAGAUUAUUGCUCUGUUAAAAUCUGCUGGACACGAAGUCACAGCACUAGACAUGGCUGCUUCUGGAAUCCAUCCAAAGCAAGUGCAUGAGCUGGAUUCUGUCACAGAUUAUUAUGAACCGUUGAUUGAAUUUCUAAGGUCACUGCCACAAGAUCAGAGAGUUAUUCUAGUGGGUCAUAGCUUGGGUGGGAUGUGUAUAUCUGUGGCCAUGGAAUUAUUUCCAAAGAAAAUUGCAGCUGCUGUAUUUGUUACAGCUUUCAUGCCUUCUCCUGAUCUAAGCUACUUGAGUCUACUCCAAGAGAAUACACAAAGAAUUGAUUCCAGCUUGGACACAAAGAUUAUGCUUGAUGAUAGCCCUAAUGAUAAACGAAAUGGAUCCAUGUUAUUUGGACCACAAUUCUUAGCAACCAAAUUGUAUCAACUAUCUCCACCUGAGGACUUGUCCCUUGCAUUGUCAUUACUAAGGCCAGCUAGGAGCUAUGGUGAUGAAGAACUAUUACAAGAGAAAACAAAAGUCACAAAAGAUAACCAUGGAACUGUUGCCAAAGUCUUCAUUGUGUGCCAACAAGACAAAGUGUUAGAGCAUGAUUUUCAGCUAUCAAUGAUUGAACGAAACCCUGCUAAUGAUGUCAAAGUGAUUGUUGAUGCUGACCACAUGCCUAUGUUCUCUAAACCGAAAGAGCUUUGUGCAUAUCUUCAAGAGAUUGCGGAGACAUAUUAUUAGCAACUGAAUGUGUCUGCUUAUUUGAAUUCAGAAAUUGCUAGUAAAAUAACCAUGCAUGCUCAUGGAUUGUGCGACGUUGGUUACCAUAUUAUCGGGAAGUGCCCGUAUGAAAAUAAAUUGGCGAAGAAAUUUCAGUACAUGAUUUCUCUCAAUAUAAGUCCAGACUGUCACAAAUUUGAGAAAAUAACUUCUCCCUCUAGUGUCCUAUAUCAUCUUCUUAAGGAAUAAAAAAUCUAGCUGUAGUCAA